AUGAAUUUCUCUCUACUUUCUAAAAUGCUAUUAGCAUUAGCAUUGUUUGUUUGCCCGUUUUUUGUUGGUCAUGCUCAACAACUUUCAGGAAAAGCAACAGUUUCAGCACUCUUCGCUUUCGGAGAUUCCAUACUCGAUACCGGCAAUAACAACAAUCUGGCGACUAAUUCCAAAUGCAAUUUCUUUCCGUAUGGUAGAAACUUUGCGGGCGGAAAAGCUACCGGAAGAUUUGGAAAUGGAAGAGUUUUCUCAGAUAUGAUUGCCGAAGGUUUGGGCUUAAAAACUCUCUUACCGGCUUACCGAGACCCCAACCUUUCGAACAAUGAUCUUCCGACUGGUGUUUGUUUCGCAUCUGGUGGAUCCGGUCUCGAUCAACGCACUGCCAGAUUACAAGGAGUUAUAUGGGUUCCAGAUCAGGUUAAGGAUUUCCAAAACUAUGUUACUAAACUAAACGGCGUUGUUGGAAGCCAGAAAGCAAACGCAGUUUUAUCAAACGCCAUAUAUUUAAUAGCAGCUGGAAAUAAUGAUCUUGCAAUCACCUUCCCGACCGCACGAACCACUAUUUCCGCUUAUACUGAUCUCUUGGUCACUUGGACUGAUAAUCUUUUAAAGAGUUUAUACGAUAUGGGUGCAAGAAAAUUUGCGGUUCUUGGAACACUACCACUAGGUUGUUUGCCUGGAGCAAGAAACACUUAUGGGAAUAUAAUGAAACUAUGUUCAGUUCCUGCAAACCAAGGGGCUGAUAAUUUCAACAAAAAGUUGUCUGCGAAACUUAACAAUCUCGGGACAACACUUCCUGGUGCGAGAUUUGUUUACGUAGACAUGUAUAAUCCUCUUCAAAAUCUCAUCAACAAUCCUCAGGCUUCAGGGUUUAUUGAUGUGGCUGAUGGAUGCUGCUGUAUGCCAACAUCGCCUAUCCCGUGCCCUGAUGCAUCUCGUUACGUGUUUUGGGACUAUGGCCACCCUAGUGAGAAGUCAUAUCAAACGAUUGCACCAAGGAUUAUACAAGAGAUCAAGCAGAAACUAGCAUAA